CAUGGUAGAAUAAAGAAAAAACAAAAGAAGGAAAAAUGAUGCAUGAGAUGUCUGCAUUAAAGACGCCCAAAACGUAAACCUCAUAUGAAUCGCUUCUUCUUCAGCGGACAAAACCCCCUCCAUCUUGGCCUCCUCUCCGCCACCCAUUCCCUCUACAAAAUCCUUCCCUGCUUCGCCUCCAUUCUUUCACUACCACAAUUUCUCUAACUAGACAAUCAUGGAUGUCUGGUCAUGGAUAUGCGAACUCCCCAACUCGGACGAGUGGAACCAGUCCGAUUCUCAGCUCACCUUCACCCUCGCAUCUUCCGCACCCAGUUCCACCUACUCCACUCAGUCCAUUCAGCUCCUGGCCGACCGCAGUUUCAACUCGGAAUCGGAAGCUUCGAUUCGUCUCUCCGUCCGAUUAGUGGGUUUCAGCCACGGGGAGAAGGCCAUCUGGGCUUCCGACGCGUGUCCUCUGUCGUCGGAGAAGCCCUUCCUCCCUCUCGUCCUCCAACUCCUUCAAGAAAUCGUGUCGCGCUCCCCCACCGCGCAGGAUAGCACCUGCCCGCGCUCCCAGCUCCAGCGGCUGAAGCCGGAGCCGGUCUCCUGGAUUCUCGACUCCCACGCGCCGGAGUCCUUCUCCAGCUUCUUCAACCUCGUCCUCCUCACGCGCCUCUUCUGGGUCUGCGCGUGCGACGCGCCGUCGGACGUCGGCUCCUUCUACUUCCACUCCCUGCUCGCGCCAAACAUCGAGACGUUCGCGUGCGGCCACGCGCCGGUCCUGAGGAACUUUUUCAUCGCGGUCGGGGCUGACGUGGAGCUCUGCUUCAUGCGCACCUCCGGGUACAUGUUAGCGAAAUGGCUCAUUUUAAGAGACGUCGAGGUCGGGCUGAAAUCCCUGGCGCCUCCUUCGCCGUCGUCGAAGAACCUUGGGUUCUCGUACGCCGUGGAGUCUCAUGGGCUGUGGAUUUUGAAGGGCUACGCUCCGGUGAAAUCCAUGCAGUGCAUGCAGUCUUAUGGUCAAAACGGUCUUUUCCCAGCGGUGAUAGAGGCUAAAGAGUCCCUGCUAAAAUACGCCUUAGCUCACCAGCAACUGGAGGCUGUGAUUCAGCUGGAAUAUAAAGUCCAAUUCCACGAGAACUACAUCCAAGUGAACGCACGUGUGGACAAUCUGAGGAUCCACGUGGCGAAACUAGGGUUUAAGAAGAACGAGGAGAGCUUGUUGAACGAGAAGCACUUCCCCUCGAGGGUCCGGGUUUGGGUGGGUCCGGAGGUCGGGGCGAGCUACGUGGGCGGGCUGAGCUUGGGGCGGUCGACCGAGAACGUGGAGAUGGAGAUGGAGAUGCAGAAGACGUUCAAGGGCAGUUCGGGAAAAUUGAAGGUCCCAAAGGUGAAAGCAAUGGCGAGGACUGCAACAAGGUCGAAAAUUAAGAAUUGGAGGUGGGACCAAGACGUCGAUGGAAACGCUGCCGUAUUCGAUGCCACGUUGUGCGACAACACCACGGGAGUAGAGAUCGCCACGUGGAAGCCGCCGGCUGGUGGCGAUGGUGUUGGUGGGGAGAUAGGGAUAAAUUUUAGGCGACGGUAUAGCGGGAAUGGGCGGGCGUUCACGAAAUCCGGCGGGAUGGUUUUUGCCGGCGAGGAGUGCGGGGAGGGGGUGGGGUGGAGGGUGAGCAAGGAGAUGGAAGGGAGUGUGUUGAAGUGGAGGAUUGGAGGGCAAGUAUGGUUGAGCUAUUGGCCUAACCAAGUAACCACUUCUUACUACGAGACCAGGUGUAUUGACUGGUGUGAUGAGGUUGAUUUGCCCUUGAUACCUACUGCUAAUUUAAUUUAGUUUUACACACAUGAAUUAUAUACAUGCAUAACUCAAUAUUGUAUACACUCUACGAACCUAUGCUCUUCAUUUUAAUUUUCACUAGUUUGAUGCUAUAUAUAUAUAUGGUUAUAAGAUAUUCUGAUA